AUGACUUCUUACUACAACACAUACUUUGGUAACGAUGGAGAAACGAUACCAGAAGCUACGUCAGAUUUAGUCAUCCAUCCUCACGUUCGAGAGGUUCCCGACCAAGCUUGUUACCGGUUCGAACGGCUGACACGCGUCGACUUUGGUGGAUCCACUUUACGGACAAUCGGAAAAGAUGCCUUCUAUAGAUGCACAAGCUUGUUGGAAAUCAAAAUUCCUCCGUCAGUGACGUCUAUUGGAGAUCAAGCCUUUCAGAGAUGCCAGUCACUGACACAAAUCCGUUUCCAUGAGGAUGGUCAUUUGGCUUUCAUUGGAGAUUCGGCCUUUGCCUUUUGCGUGUCAUUGGUUGAAGUGAGCAUUCCCUCAAGUGUGGAUGUUAUUCAAUCAAGUGCCUUUCAUGCGUGCAAUCGGUUGUCAAGAGUGUCCUUCCAGGAGGGACUGAAAGUGAUCCAAAGUGAUGCUUUUGCCGAGUGUGUCAAAUUGGAAAAUGUGGACAUUCCGAGAACUCUUGAGGAGUUGGGCAGCCGUGCCUUUUGCGACUGUACAUCGUUGCAGGAAUUGAAUAUUGAGGAAGGAAACUUGAGGGAUAUUGGGCAUCGGGCAUUUGGGAAUUGUGACAAGUUGCAAACCAUCAGCAUUCCUUCCACGGUUGAGCGCCUCGAGCCAAUGGCAUUCAGGGGUUGUACUUCCUUGGGGGUACUCAAGUUCCAGAAUGGUCUCAAAUAUUUGGCAGACGGUUCCUUCUACUCGUGCAAGAAUCUGCAAUCAGUUGCACUACCGGAGUCGAUACAAGUGAUUUGCAGGAUGGCUUUUGGACGAUGCCCCAAGUUGCUGUCUGUGGAAUUGGGGGAUGGCCCUAGGGAUCUGAGGAUAUAUGACGAGGCAUUUACAGGAUGCAAGUCUUUGAUUAGUAUUUGCAUUCCUCCCGAAUCCCGAACAACCCUAUCAAGUUCCGACGAUAUUCAUUUCGGUGGUGUGGACAUCAACAGCUUUGAAGGCUGCACAGAGCUGCAAAACCAAUAUGGCGACACCAACGUCCCGAUUGCCCUCAUGCAUCGGUUCGACAGCUUUCCGAUACACAAGAAAUGUUAUCACGUCUCUGCUACAACAACAAUUGAGCUAGCUCGGGAGAUUGAGUCAUCAAUGCACUCUUCGCAGGACAAUACUACCCAUGAUCAUUUGGCAGAUCCUUUCCGUAUGACACCCUUUCACAUUCUGCUGUCGGCGGCAGUUUGUAGACUUGAUCUGUUGCAAAUCAUGCUAGAUGCGUAUCCGCCGUAUGUCCUUGGAUGGAAAGACGUGAAUGGAAAGACUGCCGUUGAGUACUUGACCCAACAAAGCUUUCAUCUGGAUGAAGAUUCACGAAAGAUGCUUCGAAUGACUCUUCAAGGAUGGAUGGUGGGUUGUAUAUCGAGUUGGAAUGGAUUGGAAGCUUGGAAAUCGGACAUGUCCGAUAAAGUGAAUGCGAUUGUGGCUGAGGACGACGUGGAACAUCGACAAUUUUUGCUUCGAGAAGCAACGGUGGCUCUGUCGAGGUACGAACAGGUGGAAAGUACAACGCUGCUGGAGCUUUCUUUGUGGAAAAUUCAGUUGAAUUCGGUCAACGGUGUAUUAGAAGAUGGUACGACGAGAACGACAGUCAGUAAGGAUGACAAAGAAGCAUAUCGUAUUCGAAAUGGUGCCUCAGUGAUCAUUCCGAAUGCGAUAGCAUUCCUUUAUGAAAGUAAUCUUUCGUAUGCGGUAAGAUAG